AUGGACGUCUCGCAACAGCUUGCAGACUACGCCGCGUCAAAGACGACGCAGGUGCUCGAGCGCCCGACGCCGAUCGAGGUCGACUCAGGUCUCCUCGCCGCCUUCGACACGGUCCCGAUCGACGAGGAGGAGUACGAGUCCAACCGCGAGGCUCACAUCCUUGCUCUGACUCUGACGAGUACGCAAACUCUCGUGUCCGACCUGUUCAACCUGCCGACGACGAUGAGUGAGAACGGACCGAUCGCCCAGCUUCCGGAGCCCAUCACGCUGCUCCCGCGUGAGAAGCCCCUGCCGAAGCCCAAGCCUCUCACCAAGUGGGAGCGGUAUGCGAAGGCCAAGGGCAUCUCGCAUGUCAAGAAGGACAAGAAGGUCUGGGACGAGGAGAAGCAGGAGUGGGUCAACCGAUGGGGCCGCGACGGCAAGAACCGCGAGGGCGAGGACCAGUGGCUGCACGAGGUUAAGGGUGGAGAGGGUGAGUUUGGGCUGUAUCAGCUCGGAGAUGUAGGGUGUAAGCUGACGGCAGACCCCACGGUCGACCCGCGUGCCAACCUGCGUGCGGACCGCAAGGCGCGCAUCGCCAAGAACGAGAAGCAGCGUCUGCGCAACCUUGCCGACGCGCAGGCGCACAUCUCUGCUCUGGACAAGAAGCCCUCGACGGCGACGACGUCUGCCGAGAAGUCGACCGCGCGCCAGAUCCGCAAGGCCGAGCUCGACCGGAGUAUGCUCAUCUCCAAGACGGCGACGGCGUCGAUGGGCAAGUUUGACAAGAAGAUCGAGGGCGAGCCCAAGGUGAAGGGCGUCAAGCGCAAGUUUGAGAGCAACGUCGGCGACUUCUCGAGCGAGAAGGAGAGCUACCAGACCCUCCUUGGCAAGCUUGGCGUGGCGGAGAGGAAGAAGGCGCCCAAGAAGGGCGGAGAGGGCGCCGACGGCGGCGUCAACGUCCGCAAGGCCCUCCGACACGAGGGCAGGAAGGCGGAGCGCUCCAACUCCAUCAAGAAGAGGAAGGCUUAG